AUGGGCUCGAUGUCAGCUCCAACUGCAGCGUACGGCGGCACAACACCGCUAGCUGCGCUAACAUCCGUAUUUACGCCUCCCUGUCCCACUUCCUGGCUCCUGACGACCACCAGGUCGUUCUCUCAGUACCCGCCUUUUCCGACAACGGGCCCAGCGUCUUGCGACCCACCCUCGUGGAGGACCAACAUCGCCGGAGCCGGCUUUCAUUACUACUCCCCUGCCAUCUGCCCUCAAGGUUUCGUUGUCGGCCCAAACUGCGGCAUCACCAAAACCCGGACGGACGAGGGAUUCCCCGCUAUCGCGCCUGGAGAAACGGCCGUGUAUUGCGUUCCCAGCGGAUUGACCUGCACAACAGACCUUACUGACUUCCGUGGUGGUGUAUGGGGUUUCGCGAGUCCUGCUAUGACGCCUGGCGCUCUUGCAACGGUCGGACCAGCAAUUCAGAUUCGAUGGGUGGAGGCAGACCUGACCAAGCUUGAAACCCAUCCCCUCACGCCAGGCCUCAAACUCGCCAGGACAGACUCUGAAAAGACAAGCCCCCCCGGUAUGGGGUCGACUACCACCACUGGUCCCGCCACAGGAACGACCGCGACACCGGGAAAGCGGCCGGCGCUGGAGGACGGGGAGACCGAAACGUCCACGACGGUUGGCCCAGAUACCCAGGGCUCGCCCGGGUCAAUAGGUGGCUUCACCCAUAUUUUUGACCCGCUGGAUCCAACGACUAGCCUUGCUCCCGCAAACACUGCCGGGAGCGCUUCAGAUGGGGGAAUCGGGUCACUGGACCGGACUACGAGCAUCGUCGUUAUCGUCGUGGUGACAGUUGUCGCCGGUAUCGGCCUCUGGGUGGCCGCAUUCCUUCUUGUUCGGCGGUAUAAGAAAAGAGUCGCAAAGCGGCAAGGGUCGCGCUCAACAACGUAUGGUGACGAGACGAGCUUGGAGCAGGGGUCCCAUCGGCACAAGCGAGGCGAAUCCGGCGUGCCACAGUCGAUGAUCAGCCCGGCGUCGGAGCUGUAUGCUGGGCCUCCGGCGAUCGGCAGCACCCCGAACCCCGCCGAGCUCGAAGGCGACGUUGUGGUCCAACUCCCGGCUAAGACAUGGGUGCAUCAAAAACUGUGGCAGAAAGGCUCGUCUCUGCAGCCGCCGCUGACCUCACCGCGGUCGAUGAUGUCGGCGCGUUCGGCGAGAAGAACAGUGCGGGAGUCGUUUGGCGAGAAGGUUAACGACCCGGCAGCAGCAUUGGGAAGGUUGAAGAUACCAACUCCGCGCGCGAUGGGACGGCCUUCACCGAGCUCCGCUAGCCCGGGCGGACGCAGCUUUUGGAGGAUGCAGAGGAGUCCGAGGAGUCCAUUGGCGCCGGGGAGACUGAGCGCGCAAUUACCCAAGCCAUCGCCAAGGUCUAGGCUGAGUGGGAAUGUGUCGAGGGCGAGUACGCCGGGGCGAGGGAAACCGGGGUGGCAAGGCGAUGUUUCGGAGAACACGCAGCGGGAUGCUACGCAAUGA